CUGCUGCUGCCUCACCGGUUGAGGUUUCAAACGCACAGAGCAGACAGAGGAGAGUGCGUAAAUCGCGUCUUCAUUUUGGAGACACAGUGGCAUUUGGCAACUGGGAAUUGAGGAUUCUACUGCUACACAGGAAUUUCCGGUAUCGUUUACGUAUUAUUUUUGUUGUUGUUUUUGUUGUAAAGGUGUUUGGAUUGGACCGGAACCAGAGAGAGAGAGAUGGGGGACCGGCGCAGGAAGUUCCUCUCUCCCCGCGUCUCAAAGGGAACACUGCAGCUCCGCGUGAUCUUUCUGGACAACAGCGAGCGCGUGUUUGAGGUCGAGCAAAGGAUCCUGGGAUGUGACUUCUUCAACAAGGUGUGUGGCCACCUCAAGCUAUUGGAGAGAGAAUACUUUGGACUGGAGUUCAGACAUCACACUGGUAGUUAUGUGUGGCUGGAACAGGUGAAACCUCUUACCAGUCAGAUAAAGAACACCAGUGAUCUGUUCUUCAGGUUCAUUGUCAAGUUCUUUCCUCCAGACCCAGGACAGCUGCAGAGAAGACUCACAAGGUAUCUGUUUUCUCUCCAGAUAAAGCAGGACCUCUCGACAGGCAGUCUUACCUGUAAUGACAACAGCGCCGCCCUGCUGGUCUCCCAUAUACUGCAGUCAGAGCUGGGAGACUACAAGGAGGAGUUGGACAUCCACCAUCUAGAGAUGAGAAGAUACGUCCCUAACCAGGAAUACCUGGACCACAAAAUUAUGAACUUCCACAGGAAACACAGGGGUCACUCUCCUGCGGACUCAGACGUCCAUCUGUUGGAGGUUGCUAGGAAACUGGACAUGUACGGUAUCCGCCCCCACCCUGCCCACGAUGGCGAAGGCAUAAGACUCAACCUGGCCGUCACACACUCUGGGGUACUGGUGUUCCAGGGCAACACUAAGAUCAACACGUUCAGCUGGGCCAAGAUCCGUAAACUGAGCUUCAAGAGGAAACACUUCCUCAUCAAACUACACGACCAAAUAGGGACACACAUGCAGAGUACACAUGCCUUCUUCAGACUGGCCAAAGAGCCCCAGUCACGCAGCAAGACUCUGCUGUCCAGCAAAGGAUCCAGCUUCAGAUACAGUGGCAGGACCCAGAAACAGUUGAUGGAGUACAUGCCCACAGGGGAGAAAAAACACAGACCUUUCGAAAGGUCCUACUGUAAGUCAGAGUCCAGACAGUGUAGAUCCUCUCCUGACCUCCUCACAGACGUCUCCAAGCAGCUCUACGAGCAGUCCCACUCGUUCCCGCGCCCCGGAUGCCACAGUGAAGAGGAAGUGGAAAGACAACAGCAGGAAGUGGGAGGAGCUAACGCUAAACGCAGCCAAUCAGCUGUCGAAGUGGUCUUCUCCACGGAACUGCAGCGGUCCCGCCUCCCACAAGCUUUCCACCAAUCAACGGCCUCUCCUAAGCAAAGGUCCGCCUCUACAUCGGUAGACAUCGAGGAGAGGAGGGCAGGGGGGCAACGGCAGGGAGGGGCGGGGCAUCACCACGGUAACAGCAGGGCCAGACUUCGGCCCAAACCCCAGCCUGCCUCCGACGCGCAGCAAUUGGUCCUCCUAUAUCCCAAUAACCCCGCCUACCAGUUCCAUCCAGUCCUUCCAACAUUCCCAUUGGCCAGCUAUCCGCACGGACAUGCCUACUUUUUGGACGGUGCCGUAACCUCAUUGGAGCGUCUCCCACAGAUGCAACGCUUAGACCACACCCUGUUGGAGGGGCUGACACACCCUUCUCUCUACGCACGCUCUGAUUCGUCUUCCCUGUCGCCACUCAGGCGGAAUCUCCGCCCAUCCGGGCUGGGAUUGACCAGGGUCUACCACGCAGCCAGGAGUUUCGACGUCGGGAGAAUAGAGGCGGGACAUUACAGCGACGACUCCAACUUCCUGCCUGGACUUCCUCGUCGUGCCACCAGCCAACCGGACGUUAAGCUCCCCAGAGUAGUCCCCGCCUCCAACCCCGCCUCUGAGUUCCGUCCCCUAGGUUACUACCCCCCACCUAUCACGUCACCAGACUCCACAAAGACCCUCCUACCUGCCUCUAAACUCCUCCCCCUUGCCAGACCGGCCCACCUCGCUGUGUGUUCUAGGGGGGGCUGGUGGAAACUACAGUGA